AGUGAGAGCGACAGAGAAGGUGGCUUUCUUAUAAGACCUGGUUGUGAAAUGAUGUAAACCGGUUGUAAGAGGUCACAAAGCUAAAAGACACGCAAAUGGCUGAUUAAGGCUAGGGAACGGGAAAGGAAAGCGCAUUAGGGAUGAAGCAUGAAGUCGGUUGGGACUUUGGGGAUGCUGAUGGCUGCAACACUGCUACAAGUGUCCAUGCAGGGUCCUCACCAGCGCUUCCUGUUAAAGAAGCUGCUGAGGGACUAUAACCCGAUGGAGCGACCGGUGGGCAACGACUCCCAGACCCUCACAGUGCACUUCUCCUUCACACUCAUGCAGGUGAUGGAUGUGGAUGAAAAGAACCAGAUACUGACCACAAAUGCUUGGUUACAAAUGCAGUGGUAUGACCAUUACUUAAAGUGGAACCAGUCAGAUUAUCCUGGAGUGAAGAACCUGCGUUUUACCCCUGACCAGAUCUGGACUCCUGACAUUCUGCUUUACAACAGCGCUCAUGAUAAAUUUGAUGCAACUUUUAAAACAAAUGUCCUGGUGAAUUCGAGUGGCUUCUGUGAAUAUCUGCCUCCAGGGAUAUUUGUCAGCACCUGUAGCGUCGACGUUAGGUGGUUUCCAUUUGACAUCCAGCGUUGUGAGCUGAAGUUUGGCUCCUGGACUUUUGAUGGAUGGCUGCUCGAUAUUCAGAUGAAAGAGGCAGAUGUGUCUGGAUACAUGCCCAAUGGAGAGUGGGACUUAAUAGGAGUCCCGGGAGACAGAAACGAGCAGUUCUAUGACUGCUGUGCCGAGCCUUAUCCAGAUGUUACGUUUGUGGUAACGCUACGAAGAAGGACUCUGUUUUAUGCUCUGAACCUGCUCAUCCCCUGUGUGCUCCUCUCCUCCAUGACACUGGUGGUUUUCCUGCUUCCUGCAAAUUCUGGCGAGAAGAUUAGCCUGGGCAUCACCGUUCUUCUCUCUCUCACUGUCUUCAUGUUGAUGGUUGCAGAGAUAAUGCCGGCCACUUCUGAUUCUGUUCCACUCAUAGGCCAGUACUUUGCCAGCACCAUGGUGAUCGUGGGCAUGUCCGUUGUAGCCACGGUCAUUGUUCUUCAGUUCCACCACCAUAAUCCCAACAAUGGACCCAUGCCGCGCGUGCUGCACCUGGUCCUGCUCCAGUGGGUUCCCUGGUUCUUACGGAUGAAACGUCCAGGGGAGAACGCUGACCCGUCUCUGCCCCACAGCUCUGGGGACGUGCAGAGCAAAAGUCUGGCCUCUCCGACCACCACCACCACAACCACCACCACCAUCCCCACGCCUGUGCCUUCAGUGCUGCCGCAGAGCCUCACAUCGUUACAGGCAAGUCUGGCUCAGCUGAAUCACCCCCUGUCAGCCCACCGCCCCAGCACUCAGCCAGUUGUCCUCCCCAACCACAACAACAACCGUGACUCCAUGCCCAACGGUCACCUCCCCUACAUGGGCUUUCAGUCGUUUCAGAACACCAGCGAGAUCGAACCGGUGCAGAGGAACAGAACCACCAGCCACGGGAGGCCUCACUGCGGCUUCGGCCCUGGAGACAGUGAAGGAGCUGCGGGAGGAGGAGGAGGAGCUACAGGAGACACGCCCACACAUAACAAACUAAACUCCCCACACGAAACGCCUUUGACUGUCGACCCCGAGCCCCCCGCUGGGUCGUCCAUGGGGGCGGGUGGUCUGGAGGCGGCGGGUGGAGCAGGGGGGAGAGCCAGUCAGAGCACCAGUGUAGUCACGUCUCGUUCCGGGGCAGUGGACAACCAGCUGAGGGCCCUUUUGGGAGAGGUGCAGUACCUGGUGGAGAGGGUUCGGGAGCAGGACCGGCAGAUGAGUCUGGUGGAGCAGUGGCAGUUUGCGGCAGCUGUGGUGGACCGUCUCUGCCUGGUCGGGUUCAGUGUUUUUAACAUUAUUUGUACGAUAGCGAUUCUCAUGGCAGCGCCCAACUUUGGGGAGGCGCUGUCCAAAGACUUCCUCUGAAAGACACGGAAAGAAUCAGCGAGUUUUGUUAAAAGCACAAUUUCCAAUUAUUAUUUUUUAAAUGUUUUUAAACCUAUUUCAGGGGUGUCCAAACUUUUUUUUUUCUCAUCAAGGGUCCAGUUAUAAAGGACAUAUAUUACACUAUUUUGUGUUUUCUCUGUUAUACUGUUGUUUCCUCAUCACAAACAUACCUGGAGUUGUGUUUUUAUCACACAAACCCUGCAUAUUUUCGUUGAGUUCCUCCUUGUGAUGUCAUGUGGUAAUACAGGAAGUGCUCCACUGUGUUUUUAAACUCCAUAUACCUUCACUGGAAUCAUUUGGAUGAUUUCAGCCCUGGAAUAAGUAAUCUCUAUUAAACAAAAGGUAAAAUGUUGCUGUUAACUUGAAAACUACCUCUACAUGAAAACACAAGGUAGAACGAGCAUUUUGAGCUAAUAAACGGUUUCUCAAACAUGUGUGAAUGAAACAAAACACAACUCCAGGUAUGUUUUUGAUGAGUGACCAAAAUUAUACUGGCUUGAAGCUCACAAGAAUCAGUUUUGUGUAAUAUACUGUAGGGCCUGCAAUAUUACAUUAUAGUCAAAAGUGAAAUUUUUUGUUGAAAUAAUGUACAGAAGUAAUGUCCCAAUAUGCCUUAGCAACACAGGUGUGUUCUAGCCCAAAAUGGUAAGAAAUAAAAUUGCCACUUUGUCACUUAUAAUUAUUUGGGCCAAAUCACCCAGAAACCUGAGGGUUGAUAAAAUAUUUCCGUUGGGACCUACAUUUGGACCCUGGGCCAUCGUUUGGACACUCCUGCUUAUAUAAUGGACAAGUGAAAAAAACAAUCCAAAUUUAAACUGCACUAUUUGAAUUCUGCCCAACAUUUCACAUUUGGACCACAACAGCCCCACUGCAAAAAAAUAAUAUCCAGCCUUGGUCUUUAAAUGUGAGUAUGAGAAUGUGAGUAUUUUUCACUUUAGAUUCAAAAGCCUGUAUGAGAUUAUUUUACUUCAUGAGUUUUUUGGCUGGUUCCAAGAAUAUUUAUGUCAAUGGAGUAAAAAAAAACAACUUAAAACUUAUAAAAAUAGCAAAUAUAAAUUAAUUCUAAAGAAAAUUAAAGUAAAGUAAAUGUAAAUAAUCUGGAUAUUAUUUUUUUGCCUUGCAGUAACAUAGUCUAUGGUCUAGUUUGAACUAAACAUUUCUGUAAAAUAAUUCUUAUAGGCAACAGGGCAGCAUCACAUUCCUUGUAUACUGAGGCUUUAAAAUAGACUGCCUUUUUCACUGCUAAAAAUCAAGUUCUUUUAUAUGCUCAAAUGUUUAAUACACGCUUCUUUGCCAUAGAGAAGCAUGCCUUGUGUAAAGACCAUAGGAAUCACUGGGCUGUGGUUUGCUGCAUGUUACUGAUAUCUGCGCCUUUAAAAAUGAAGCAAGAUUUAACAGCUUUCCCUUUUCCAGGACAUUAAAAUGGACUGCAUUCACUGUUCAGUCUCCUAUCGAUUUCCAUACGAGCCAAUGGGAAACAUUUUAUUGAUGUGAGCUUUGAGAGGUGUGUCCUCUCAUGUUACUUGCUGACCUAUAUGCAGAUAAAUAAUGGUUUAUGGUCUAGUUAUCAUGUCACAAAUCUUUUCAAUAGGAUUAAGCACUACCCCUUCCUUCGCUGUCAUUUCCAAUUUGUUUUUCAGAUGAGACCUCUAUUAAAAUGCAGAGGAAAUCUGUGUGAUAUAUGA